AUGGACACCAAAUCAGUGCAGGCUCAAUCGCAGGCCACCCCAAUAUACUUUCUUCGUGGACAUGCUUCUCCAAUUCAUGCACUACACAUCUACAGCCAGAAUUUACGGCUUGUAUCCGGCGACGCCAAUGGCUGGAUCGUUAUUUGGGACCUGGUCACCAAACGCCCUGUGACGGCAUGGAAGGCCCACGCGGGAGCCAUUCUGGAGGCGAGAGGCUUUAAUGUUGGCGAAGGUGCAACUGAAAUUUACACACAUGGCCGCGACCACAAACUAUGCGUGUGGAAGCUUAGACCGGAGGAUGAAUCUUUCCUAGAUAAGACGCUUCCAGUGGAUGCGGCCGAGUCCACACAGCCAGGAAGUAAAGUCCAGCCGUGGUUACUCCAUUGCUUGCCUGUGAAUGCGCUCAAUUUCUGUGCGUUCUCAAUGGCAUUUGUGGAUUCCGACGGGCUUCCUGGACUUCCAUCUCUAGGUGGCAAGCCAGAGAACACUCUCUUUGCAGUACCCAAUGCAUUGGACUCUGGUGGAGUCGACAUCUUUCACCUACCAUCUGAGCGCAGGAUCAGUACUAUUCCUUCCGACCAAUCUAUCAAAACUGGGAUGCUGAUGGCUGUGAAUCUCUUCGUGUCACCUCCUGGGGAUCUCUACAUCGCCUCUGCAUAUGAAGAUGGCCAUGUGAUGGUCUUCGUUCAUCGCGGAGCUCUGAAAUCAGCCAGCUUUGAGCGUGAGUAUAUAAACAACAACCCUUUGAAAUGGGACAAGCUGUAUGCUGGCAGCCCACAUUCCCAGCCGGUCCUUUCCUUGGAUGUCGCUCCCUCUCAUGGAUACUUCAUAUCCUCUUCUGCGGAUGCUCUGGUCAUCAAGCAUCCUAUUCCCAGCAUAGCGCCUGGGGGUUACAUACCGACCGCUGGCUACAAAGAAGAAUCUCCCUUGAAGAUUGUCAACACAAAGCAUUCGGGGCAGCAGGGUCUGCGAAUCCGGUCCGAUGGGAAGGUGUUUGCUACUGCUGGCUGGGACAGCAGGAUUCGGGUGUACUCGGGCAAAACCAUGAAAGAGCUUGCUGUGCUGAAGUGGCAUAAGGAUGGUUGUUAUUCUGUAGCGUUUGGGGACACUGAAAACACGUCUUCGUUGGUGUCUUCAUCGCCUGAAUCUGCAAAACAAGAACCCCGAGAUGCAGAUCAGAACGCAGCAGGACAGACGGUAGAGGGACGCGACUACUCUCUUGCAACAGUGCAACAACAACGGAAUCAAAAAGUACAACAAACUCAUUGGCUAGCGGCUGGGUCCAAGGACGGGAAGAUUUCAUUAUGGGAUAUCUACUGA